UUAGUCCUCGGCCUAAAUCAUCGAGUGCGGAAACGGCUGCUUGCCAUUUCUUGACUGUUUUGGUCGCAUGCACGACCGAUAGCCCACACACACUCGCCUCGCUCGUCCCUUCUCGUCUGCACAGCUUCUUCAUCUUCACACCACCAUUCAUCCAUCCGCACGGCAUUCCAGCCAUCGCCAACAGCCUUCGUUACUAACCCCAGCAGGUAUUUUUGCGGUGUCAGGCUUUUCUUCGCUUGCUUGCAUUCAUCCAUCAUUUUGCACACAACCGCCACCCCGAUCCUCGUCGUCUCUGUCCCGUCGUCGGCUGGCACUCUCCCGAAGCUCGCAGAGGUGCUCUUUUAUGCCUGCCUUGAGCUGCUGUGUGCCUCGUCCCGGCCGCCUGACCGUCCGCCUGCCUCAUCGCGCCUAUUUGACGGAGCUCUGUGGUUCCAUGGGUGCGUGACGAGACGACGACGCCGACGACAAGACGCUUCAUCUACGCCGCCGGACCCCGAAUCCGCCCGUCCACCAUGACGUCCGAGGACAAGUACGAGACGCUGGAGAAGAUUGGUGAGACCUCGAGCCACCGCUCACUGCUUUGUGGAGGCAGGCGAUUUCUAGUUGCUGACAGGCCGCCUCUGCACAACAGGACAUGGCUCUUUUGGCGUUAUCCGCAAGGUGCGCCGCAAGGUCGAUGGCUUCAUCAUGUGUCGCAAGGAAAUAUCGUACCUUCGCAUGUCGCAAAAAGAACGCGAGCAGCUGCAUGCCGAAUUCCAGAUCCUCUCCCACCUCCGACACCCCAACAUCGUUGCAUACUACCACCGCGAACAUCUCAAGCUCAGUCAGGACCUGCACCUUUACAUGGAGUAUUGCGGCAAUGGCGACCUCGGUCGAGUUAUAAAGGACCUGCAGCACAAGGGUCAGCGAGCUCAGGAGAGCUUUGUGUGGAGCAUAUUCAGCCAGCUGGUCAUGGCGUUGUACCGCUGCCACUAUGGCGUAGACCCCCCAGAUGUGGGAGCCAACGUGCUUGGCCUCACCCAGGGCGGCUCGAGCGGUGCCCCAAAGGCACCGGCUGGUGCAGUGACGAUUUUGCACCGUGAUCUGAAGCCCGAGAAUGUUUUCUUGGGCGAGGAUAACUCUGUCAAGCUCGGUGACUUCGGCCUAUCCAAGAUGAUCAAGUCUCACGACUUCGCCUCGACGUACGUCGGUACACCCUUCUACAUGUCACCCGAAAUCUGCGCCGCAGAAAAGUACACGCUCAAGUCGGACAUCUGGUCCUUGGGGUGCAUCAUCUACGAGUUGUGCUCGCGUGAGCCCCCGUUCAACGCUAAAACGCACUUCCAACUCGUCCAAAAGAUCAAGGAGGGGAGGGUCGCUCCGCUGCCAGACAUGUACUCACCGGAGCUCAACCAGGUCAUCAAGGACUGCCUCAAAGUCAACCCGGACCGACGGCCGGACACGGUGCAGCUGCUGAACCUGCCGGUCGUCAAGCUCAUGCGCAAGGAGAAGGAAGCCGUCGAUCUGAACAAGGCGCUCAAGCUACGGGAGGAGGCACUUAAGAAGAAGGAAAAGGAGCUGAACGAGCGUCUUGCCAGCCUUGACCGCGAAAGGAACGCCGCUCGCGAUGAGAUCGAGGCGUCUCUCCGACGCGAGUGGGAGGUCAAGGCACGCUUGGAGAUUGAUCGCCUAGCCAACGCCGAAAUCGACCUGCUGCAGAAGCGCUUCGAAGAAGAGGUCAGGCAGCGCGUCGAUUCAGAGCUGCAGAGGAGGAAGCCGAUGGCUCCCGUUCAUGACGAGAUUCCCGUCGAUGAGUAUGCCUCCUCCGCCGCGAGAUCAGAGCAUCCCUAUUCCUCCGUCGGCGCCGCCAGCGGCGACGAGUUCCCGUCGACGACGGACAUCACUGAAUAUUCCCUCGAUAGCCCCGACGCGUCCAAAGAGUCUAAGCGUAGCGCGCGAACGCCAUUUGGCCGUGCGCAGACCAUGUUUGCUGGGGUCGCGGGCACGCCCAUGGAUAUUGAGAUGGCCUCGCCGAGCCCUAUCGCGAUAGCCUCGCUGUCGCUGUCGCCACGCCGAAACGGCGCGACCAAGGCGCCGACGACGCAUUCUGGCAACAUCUUUGCGGCCCACAAUGCGGCCAACGGUGACCCUAAAUGGGAUCUACACCGCGAGCCGACAUUCCCCGAGUCGGACGACGAUGACGUGAUGAUACCUUCUCCAACGCGGCACAUCAAGUCGACCAAAAACCCGUUCACUGCCAAGGAUCGCCCGGUCCUCACUUCACAAAAGUCGUGCCCUGCAAACCGCCUUAGGACCAAGACCUCUAACUCGGGUCUAGUCUCUAAGGCGGUUGCCGGCACCGCGGCCUCCACCUCGCAGCCCGAGCCUCGAACCCGCUCGCCCGUCCGUCAGAUCAGCAAGAUACCCUCAGUUGCCAACCUACAAUCCGAGCAAGGAUCCAGUGCAGGCGGCCUAUCCCGCAAGAACUCCGUCAAGAAGGACACGGCGGCCGUCACUGCGGCUGGAGGCGACGCGCUGACCAAGGUGGCGGCCAAGAACAACAUCAAGGGCCGCACUCUGGUGGAACUGCAGCAAGCACGCGCCGGAGGACGGCCACUGAGUGUUGUCGUUGGAGAGAACGUCAGCCCGAAGAGAGCAGCGUUUCGAGAUCGCAUCGCCGGCGAGAGACGAGCGAGCGGUUCCACCGGCAGCGGCAAUGGUGGUGAGCCAGUCGCCGUCUGGGACCCCGAGAGGGAUGAGAUGCCCAGCCCAUUCCUCGUGCGUCAGCGUCGAAUCGCAAAGGCAUAGGAGUCUCUUUUGCGCUAGAACAUGGGCACCGCACCCGGCCGAGUGCGCUGUCACGCGCCGAGCUCAGGAUCAUGACGGAGGCGUUUUUGCAUUAUCAUAUCGCCACCUUCUUUUUCUUUUCCUUUGUCUCUUUCGCUAUUACUCGCCUUUAUUUGCCGUAUUCCAACGGCGUGGAGCGGAAGUCGGUGUUGAAUAGA